UUAUCUUUCUGAGAAAGAUGUUUUAGUUGAGCAGAGAUUCCUUCUUUUAAUUACUUCUCUUGCCAUGGAAUGAUUAGGCUGAUUAUUCCCUUCCCAAUAAACUAAUUAAUAAAUAAAUGUAAAUAAAUAAAUAGCCUAAACCGAUCAUUAUUGACAUCAGAGUCAUCUGCCAUAUUAGUUUCGUGAUCGACAGAAAGACCAUCUCAGAAAACUCCUGUAGAAAAUGGAUAAGAGCAUCUCUGCAAACGGAGAAACAACUGCCGACGGAUCCAUCCGUGGAUAUGAUUCGCUGCAUCAACUCUUAUCCUCGAAUCUGAAGCCUGAGCUCUAUCAGGAGGUGAGCCGAUUGCUACUUGGAAGUAACUGUGGCAGAUCGCUUGAACAGAUUGUUCUGCCAGAUUCUGCAAAAGCCCUCUCUUCAAAACAUGAUUUUGAUCUCCAGGCGGUUAGCUUUUCAGCUGAUAAAGAGCAAAUGAGAAAGCCUCGAGUGGUCAGAGUUGGUCUCGUCCAAAACUCCAUUGCUCUUCCAACCACUGCUCCCUUCUCCGACCAGAAAAGAGGAAUCUUCGAGAAGCUGAAGCCGAUCAUCCACGCUGCAGGUGUUGCUGGUGUUAACAUACUCUGCUUACAGGAAGCUUGGACUAUGCCGUUUGCGUUCUGUACAAGGGAGAAGAAAUGGUGUGAGUUUGCAGAACCUAUCGAUGGGGAGUCAACAAAGUUUCUUCAAGAGCUAGCCAAAAAGUAUAACAUGGUGAUUGUUAGUCCUAUUCUCGAAAGAGAUAUGGAUCACGGUGAAGUGCUUUGGAACACCGCUGUGAUUAUAGGGAAUAACGGGAAGAUCAUUGGCAAGCAUCGGAAGAACCACAUACCGAGGGUAGGAGAUUUCAACGAGAGCACGUAUUACAUGGAAGGAGACACUGGCCAUCCUGUGUUUGAGACGGUGUUUGGGAAAAUUGCUGUCAAUAUAUGUUACGGAAGACACCAUCCUCUAAACUGGUUAGCUUUUGGUCUAAACGGUGCUGAGAUUGUCUUCAACCCUUCAGCAACUGUUGGUGAACUCAGUGAACCAAUGUGGCCUAUUGAGGCAAGAAACGCUGCGAUAGCAAACAGUUACUUUGUGGGGUCCAUUAACAGAGUUGGAACCGAGGUGUUCCCAAAUGCUUUCACCUCAGGGGAUGGGAAACCGCAGCACAAUGACUUUGGUCAUUUCUAUGGAUCAAGCUAUUUCUCUGCACCGGAUGCUUCUUGCACGCCGUCUUUGUCGCGUUGCAGAGACGGGUUAAUGAUCUCGGACAUGGAUCUCAAUCUCUGCAGGCAGUACAAAGACAAGUGGGGCUUUAGAAUGACUGCAAGAUACGAAGUCUAUGCGGAUCUUUUGGAUAAGUACAUAAAGCCAGAGUUCAAGCCUCAAGUUGUCUCUGACCCAAUGCUCCACAAGAAUUCUUCAUAAGCAAAAAAAAGAAAGAAAAAGUUACUUAAAUCUGUGAAUCUUAAAAUGAAGUUAACUUUGUAACAAUAAUAGAUUCUGUCUGGUUUCUCUGUUUUUAUGAAUAAAGUUGAUGAUGCCAAAAGGCCUUUCCUUUA